GUAACCAAAUUGGCUUGUAACCAAAGGAUACACAACUUGAUAGUGCUUUCAACAAUUGUUGGCGCGUGUGUGUCUUAGGCAUAACAUCUAACGAAAAUUGGUCUAGCCCAAUGGUCACUAAAGGGCCAUUAAAGGUUUUUUUUCGGCUAUACAAAUAACAAUCAUCCAAAUUUUCGGCUAUACAAAUAACAAUCACCGACAAAGUUAUAUAUAGUAUAUAGGAAAAAACGGGACACCUUUAGCAUAAAACACCUGUUCGUAUUUCAAACAACUUACAACAGUCUAUGGGAGUCGUGAGGAUACGGUUUUGGGCACGAGGUGUGUAUAACAGAACACCCGUGUUAUAACAACUGUCGUUUUUCCGCCACGUGAGGAUAAUAAGUUAUAUACAUUUAGAUAUCCGUAGCAGUUAUAUCCCUUAUUAUUACCACCACUACCCCCAUAUUAACCAAGUCUCAUAACUUCCAGUUACAAACCUCGGCUGUUUAAAGUCCCGCAAACCAUAUCCCAUCCACACUAAAUAUAAGUUCAUACUCGAUCAACUAACUUCAGACCUUUGCAUUAAGAAAUGUUCUAAACGGAGGAUGACAUAUAUAUUGUUACAAAGGAAUAUAUGCGCUUGUACGUCACAAUUACAAGAUUUGGUUGACCUAGAAACAAGCAAUAAUUGUUCUAUGACGUGCGAGGGAAAUUCCCAUGAAAGUUGCGGGGGUUAUAACGAGGUCAACGCUUAUCAGGUUCUGGAGAAUUGUGUUGCAGGCAGGGAAAAUGUCGUCACAUCAAAACAUUUUCUUGGUUGUUUCGCCCCGGCUUCGAAUUGGACGAAAGAUCUUCAGCUUCGAGGAACCAGGGAUACAAAAUCUUGUAUAUUGGUUUGUGAACAUCAGAUGCUGCCUAUGGCUGUCGUUGAUCACUUGCAUAAGUGUUGGUGUGGAUAUAUGACAGACAGAUUUAACCAAACGCACAGAAUAAUGUCGGCGGGUGAUUGUGGAGAGAAACAUCUAUCAUCGGUCUACCACACAAUACAUGGGGACAACAGGUGCCAACCAACCAGGUUUCUCAAUAUUUCGGAAACUCGUUUCAAGGUUGGGUUGCUGUCAAUGCCAGGUGCGGGAAACACGUGGGUUCGAUACAUGCUUGAUAAAACUACUGGUGUUUACACGGGGAGCCACUACAGAGAUAAAGCGUUGUUUAAAAGCGGUCUUCUCGGGGAGUUACAACCCAAAGGCGUGGCAAUUGUCAAAGACCACAUAUUCGAAAGGAAGAAUGUUUACGAUUACAACUCCGCUGUUAUCCUUAUAAGGAAUCCAUACGAUGCGUGGAUAGCGGAGUUUAAUCGGAAGAUGAGCAACAGUCACGUGGGUUCGGUCAACAAAGCUCGAUAUUACAAUAAAGGUUUCAAGAAUCGCUUCGUGAACGGAUCCCGAAGUAGUCUAUGGGUUAACAUGAUUGACGAAGUCAUUAAAAGCAAAAAACGAUUUUAUGUCGUGUUUUAUGAAGACCUGAAGACAAAUGCGAUCACGGAACUCCGGAAGAUAGUUGGCUUCCUAGCAACCCCCGGGCUAAAGUCGGAUGACCUGGAAACGAGGCUUCACUGUUUGAGUCUACAGAUCAACGGGCAGAACAAAAGGAACUCAGAUUCGGAAGAUUUUGAUCCGUUUGAUGACGACAUGAAGAUGCUUGUUAAUUCACAAAUACGGUUUGUUCGGGAACUUCUACGUAACAAUAGUGAUGUGGAACUACCGGUAUACGAGAGAUAA